CAUCCGCGUCCUCAGGACUUACUCCCUCUCGGGAACGUGCCACGAUCGGCAACCGAUUUUCAGAAUAGUUACUGAAAAGUUUGCAAAACGCCGGUCAGGCUCUCGCACGCUCCACGCGAGUUCCCGAGGACCACGAGGAUCCGGAGGGCCCCAGGAAACGGACAAGUUCGCGAGAUGACGAGCGCGGAUAACUGACGGACGACGGAAUUCUUUGCCGAAUGCAUCCAAGUAUAAAAUUGGUUACGAAAGAUGUGGAAAAUUCAAUCAAUCUUGAGCGUUCUUUCGACGCUACUCAUAAUAAGAUUAGCAGGAGCUGAUUAUUAUCAAUACAAUCAGGACCAAUACAGACAGAACAAUGCUCCUUUUAAAUGUAUGCAAGAGGGUUACCACCCCGAUCCGCGUGACUGCAGGGUGUACUAUAGAUGCGUAGAUUGGGGUAACAACAGUCCGUUGACGACUUUCAAAUUCGAAUGCGGAAUUGGUACGGUAUUCUCGAAGGAUAAAGGAGAUAUCUGUACGCAUCCAGAAGAUAGCGGUCGAUCUGAAUGUGGCAGUUCUCAAAACGAACUUGAUUCAAAUGUACAAGAUCCUCCUUCGCCCAUAUGGACAACUACGCAAUCGCGUCCAACCAUGACACAGUCUCCAGUAACUACUAGACCAUCUGUAAUCACGACUGAAACUGCUUCAACAAUAAAAAAACCAGAGACGACAAUACUGCCACCGCUAACAAAUCGACCAACUAUAGACCAAUCGGAAAAUAACAUGAUUAAUUGUCAAAACAGAUUACAAUGUACGCAAGAAGGAUUUUUAGCCGAUACUUGUGAUUGUAGAAAAUUUUACAGAUGCGUAAAUGAAGGUACUGGAAAGUUUACGAAGUAUGAUUUUAAGUGUGGCACAGGAACUGUUUGGGACCCAGAGGUUCAAGCGUGUAAUCAUGCUUGGGCAGUUACAAGGAAAAAUUGCAGACAAAACUUGGAAAGUGGAGACAAUGCUGAUAACGGACAAUGGAAUGGAGAUAAUAAUGGACAAUGGAAUGGUGACACGGGAGAUACUGGCGGACAAUGGAAUGGUGAUGUUGGCAGUUCAGGACAACCUGGAGAUCCAAAUGGUCAACCAGGACAACCUGGAGAUCCAAAUGGUCAACCAGGGCAACCAGAAGAUCCAAAUGGUCAACCAGGACAACCUGGAGAUCCAACUGGUCAACCAGGGCAACCUGGAGAUCCAAACGGUCAACCAGGACAACCAGGAUCGCCGGGUCGUCCAGGCUCUCCGGGAUACCCAGGAACACCGGGUUCUCCCGGAACUCCAGGAUCGCCUGGUAGUCCAGGCUCUCCGGGAUACCCAGGAACACCGAGUUCAUCCGGGACUCCAGGAUCGCCGGGUAGUCCAGGCUCUCCGGGAUACCCAGGAACACCGGGCUCUCCUGGAACUCCAGGAUCGCCAGGUAGUCCAGGCUCUCCGGGAUAUCCAGGAACACCGGGCUCUCCUGGAACUCCAGGAUCGCCAGGUAGUCCAGGCUCUCCGGGAUACCCAGGAACACCGGGUUCUUCCGGAACUCCAGGGUCGCCUGGUAGUCCAGGCUCUCCAGGAUAUCCAGGAAGACCGAGUUCUCCCGGGACUCCAGGAUCGCCGGGUAGUCCAGGCUCUCCGGGAUACCCAGGAACACCGGGUUCUUCCGGAACUCCAGGGUCGCCUGGUAGUCCAGGCUCUCCAGGAUAUCCAGGAACAGCGGGCUCUCCCGGAACUCCAGGAUCGUCGGGUAGUCCAGGCUCUCCAGGAUACCCAGGAACACCGGGCUCUCCCGGAACUCCAGGAUCGUCGGGUAGUCCAGGCUCUCCGGGAUACCCAGGAAAACCAGGCUCUCCCGGAACUCCAGGAUCGUCGGGUAGUCCAGGCUCUCCGGGAUACCCAGGAACACCGGGCUCUCCCGGAACUCCAGGAUCGCCGGGUAGUCCAGGCUCUUCGGGAUAUCCAGGAACACCGGGCUCUCCCGGAACUCCAGGAUCGUCAGGUAGUCCAGGCUCUCCGGGAUACCCAGGAACACCGGGCUCUCCUGGAACUCCAGGAUCGUCAGGUAGUCCAGGCUCUCCGGGAUACCCAGGAACACCAGGCUCUCCUGGAACUCCAGGAUCGCCAGGUAGUCCAGGCUCUUCGGGAUACCCAGGAACACCGGGCUCUCCUGGAACUCCAGGAUCGUCAGGUAGUCCAGGCUCUCCGGGAUACCCAGGAACACCGGGCUCUCCUGGAACUCCAGGAUCGUCAGGUAGUCCAGGCUCUCCGGGAUACCCAGGAACACCAGGCUCUCCUGGAAUUUCAGGAUCGUCAGGUAGUCCAGGCUCUCCGGGAUACCCAGGAACACCGGGCUCUCCUGGAACUCCAGGAUCGCCAGGUAGUCCAGGCUCUUCGGGAUACCCAGGAACACCGGGCUCUCCUGGAACUCCAGAAUCGUCAGGUAGUCCAGGCUCUCCGGGAUACCCAGGAAUACCGGGCUCUCCUGGAACUCCAGGAUCGCCAGGUAGUCCAGGCUCUCCGGGAUACCCAGGAACACCGGGCUCUCCUGGAACUCCAGGGUCGCCGGGUAGUUCAGGCUCUGGCAAUCAACCGUCGACAGGUUUUUGUACAGAAGAAGGUUUUUUCACUGACCCACAAGACUGUCGCAAGUUUUAUCGAUGUGUCGAUAAUGGAAUGUCAUCCUUUACGAAAUACAAUUUUGAAUGUGGUGUUGGAACCGUUUGGGAUUCGUCUGUUCAGAGUUGCAAUCACGCUUAUGCUGUACCAUAUUGUAAUCAAGCAAAUGGUGCAAUUACAGACAAUCCAAACACAUCACCGAAUGAAGUUGGCAGUACCAGUGGACUAGAUACAAGCAAAUUACCAUCGCAAUCUUCUGAAAGUUCUACUCUUCCGCCAAUCUCUUCAAAACCAGAGACACAGCCUUCGACUCAAGCUAUUACUACAAGUAAUCCAAAUGCACCAACUCAAACGACAUCAAAUUCUUAUUUGCCCCCUAGUAGUACAUACUCGCCUUCAACAAUGCAAGUUACCGAAUCCGUUUCUUAUCUUCCUCCUGCAACACAAAUGACUACUACUUCUAUAUCUUACUUGCCCCCCUCGACUCUAUCUACGAGCGGACCUGAAUCAACAUCUGAAUCCGUUUCAUACUUGCCACCUGAUACUAGUGGAAAGCCUUCAACUACUUUGCCAAGUACUGCAUCGUCCACUUCACCUGGGAAUGAUAAAUCAGAGUGUACUACAGAAGGUUUCUUUUCGGAUCCUAAUAAUUGUAAAAAAUUCCACCGCUGUGUACAAGACCAAUACGGAUAUCAUAAAUAUGAUUUCGAGUGUGCACCUGGCACAGCAUGGGAUCAAGUAAUACAAACAUGUAAUCAUAUUGAGAAAGUAGCUUCAUGUUCACCAGGUAGCAACGAAAUCGAUCAAGGCCUUAGUCCUAGUACUUCUGAUUCUACCUCUGGUCAACCUGUUACAAGUAGUUCUACAACUACUGUUUCUAGUCAAACCGUUGUAACUACUUCAUCGUCUUCAGUUCCAAUUUCUACCGAAAGCACUACAACUGCCAGUACCCAAAGCGAAACGUCUGCUGAACCAACUACAUCAAAGUCAGACAAAACAGAAUCAUCGUCAACAACUAUCCCAUCCACUACUUCUAGCGAAAAUUCCGUCUCUUCGGGAAAACCAGAAGAGAUUCAAAUGCCUGAAAGCUCGAGCACAGAAAGUUCAUCCGAAUCCUCAUCUGAAUCCUCAUCUACUUCUGAAUCCUCAUCUACUUCUGAAUCCUCAUCUACUUCUGAAUCAAAUGAAGAAUCAUCUCCAUCUACUGAAUCACAUGCACCAGACUGUGCGACACAAAAGCCGAGCAAUGCAAUAAUAUGUAACAAUGAAGGAUUUUAUCCACAUCCGACUAGAUGUGAUAAAUUUUAUCGCUGCGUUAAUAAUGGCAAUGGCUUCAACGUAUAUCAUUUUGACUGCCCACCAGGCACUAUUUUCGAUUCUAGCAUUAGCGUAUGUAAUCAUCCCGAAUCUGUUUAUCCCGCGAAAGAUUGUACAAUUGGAAAUACUACUACAAGCAACGUGGAAUCCUCAACUCAAUCCGGAACACCUGAAUCGACGUCUAUGCAAACUACUUCUACAACACAGAGUACGGCUCAACAAACGGAAGAAACUACAUCCUCUGAGCUUGGUACGACGACUUCAUCCAUGGAGACUACUUCGGAAGAAAGUGGCACUGCUUCUGGCAUAGAAUCAACGACAUCAAAUAUGCAAGAGACUACCGAAAGCAUGACAGAGUCUAUGGCUGAAUCAACUACUGCUACAACAGAAGCUGCAGAUUCUAGCACCUCUGAACAAACUAGUGAAGCCACAAUCGAAGCUAUUGCUCCCACUGAGUCCGGAAUGACUGAAUCCCAAGAGCAAUCUACAACGGAAUCUCAGGAGCAAUCGACGACUGAAUCUCAACAAUUAACGACUGAAUCUCAGGAACAAACGACUGAAGCUCAAGAGCAAUCAACAGAGUCAAAAGAACCAUCCAGUACAGAAGCUCAAGAACAGUCAACGACCGAAACACAGGAGCAAUCCACGACAGAGUCUCAAGAGCAAAUGACGACUGAAUCAACUACAGGAGAACCAGCAUCAGCAGCACCUUGCGCUAUAGGCAAUUUAACUGAUGAACAAGUAACGCUGGUUUGUCCUACUGGCUUCCGAAGGCAUCCAAAAUACUGCAAUCUAUUCUAUCAGUGUAUUUCCGAAGGCAACAUGGAAAUCAAGAUUCUCGUAUUGAGCUGUCCCGAGAAUACAAUCUUUGACGAGAAAAAGAUUCAAUGCCUACCAGCAAGUGAAAGUAGUCAGCCCUGCACGGGCACCAGAGCAAGCGCUAGAUUUUAUAGAAGAUUAGAAAAUCAAUCUUUAUCACCUAUGAAAGUAUCGUCAAAUCAGCUUUGUCCGGAAGAAGGACAUUUCCCGUAUCAACAAGGUUGCAGCAAUACAUUUUACAAAUGCAAACGUGAUAUACGGAACAGCUUACAGGGAUAUCUCUAUAAAUGUCCCGAAAAUUUUGUUUACUGGUCGGUCUCAAGAAGAUGCGAACGCUUGACACGUCUCCCAAUGUGUUCUCAUUUGUCAAAUAGAAACAAAAUUGACUGGAACGAUCGGUGGCAAGUACCGACCGAAAAUUAUAAUCUCUCCGCCAGAACGUUACACUUUUCUUGAUUGCUUAAUGACAUGAUACUAUUUCUAGACACUUAGUCUAGUUGCAAAUUUGCCAUAAAUGUCUAUAGACAGCAUGUAUCUUUAGAUUAAUAGCUAUUCUCGAUCAAGAUUGCAAAUAAUAAUUGAAUACUGUAAGAAUUAGCAAAAUUAUUAGUAAAUUAAUAAUUAUGGAUAAUUAAAGAUAGCUGUGUUAGAAUAAUUGGAUAUUUAUACGAAUGAUCAAUCAUUUAAUACAAUAACCAUGACAUUCGUAUAUUUUUUUAUAAUCAUAAAACAUUCCUAAAAGGUUAUUCUAAUUGUACUGUACUCUUUGCUUAUUUUAGUGCAAAAAGUUUUGCUAGUGCAAUAUAUUACUCAAUUAUUUACGAUACUUUACAAUAUAUUAAACAACAUGGCUGCGGAAGAUCUCAAUUAAAAAUUUAAUAAUAGAUCUUCAGCAGUCGUCUUGCAUUAAUUAUUAUCAAACUGCCAUUAUGCAACUUUUAGUCAGCAAUAGUUAUGAUAGUUGUAAUGAUUGACGAAUGUGAAUAUAAUCUUGCAAUGGAUUAAGUACAAGAACAAAUUUUUAUUUGUAUAUAAAAUUGGAGAUUAUUUACUUUUGCUGAUAUCAAGUAAUUCUAUUCUUCAAAUUCUUAGCUUUCGUUACUAAAUAUAAGACCAAAAAUAUAUACAUAAAAAAAACAUUAAAGUAAAUAAUUCCCAAUUUUUAUAAAAUUAUUAUUCAGUAUCUUUUUCCAAUUAGUAGUAUCUGAUAUUGGGGAUGGUUGCGGGACUUGUAUGCAAUAUUCUGUGACUGUAUAACGCGAUAUACCAUUUCUUAUAUUUAUUAACUGAAUUUAAUAUCUCGCAUAGGAAAUAUCCAUCAAAGACAGCACAUCAUUAAAAAAAUGUAGAAUACUAA